AUGCCCAACUGGUUACUGGUCUCAACUGAGACUCUGAGAGCAAGGACCGGUAGUCAAGGACAGAGGACGGUGCAGAUGGAGAAUAAGCUUGUGAGUCACCGCGACAUGGAGCUCGUGAAGAUGGCCAUGCUCAGGCACGAAGAGACCUUCAGGCAGCAGGUCCACGAGUUGCACCGGCUGUACCGCGUCCAGAAGCAGCUGAUGGGCGGCCUGGCCAGGCCGUCGUCGCAGCUCAGCCGCCGGCGCCAAAUCAGGCGGCGCAGGCAGCCGCGGCGCGCGCUGGACCUGCACCUGCGCCUCCCCCCCGCGGACGAGUGCGCCGUCGUCACGCCACCGUCGUCAGCAGACGACGGGCUGGAGCUGACGCUGGCCAUCGGCAGUAGUGGCGGCCGGUGCCGGAGGAGGCACCGCGAUGAGACACAGGGCACGGGCACCGCUACCCCCUUGGGCUCGGAGUCGGACAUCUCUGCUUGCGAAAUGAGCAGAUUAAUUUCACAGCUGCUCCUUAUGACAAUAGUACUGGUAUCUAAGAGUCCAGGGUCAAGAGAUUUUGGAGGAGGUUCAGUUUUAAAAUCUGUGAAUAAGUCAACAUUGCACUUCAAGAAAUCUAGGAAUCGCAGAAGUGGUUCCCCUAACAACUGGACCCCUCGGAAGAAGACUGAAUCGUACAUCAAGAGAAAGAUCAAGCAUCUUCAGGAAGCUGAUGGAAUGACUGCGUCCCUCCAUGAGACUCUAGGAAAUGCAAAUCCUCACUAUACUAGGAUGGCAAGGGAGAAGAUUGCAGCGAGAGAGGCAGCCAGAAAGGCAACAGAUGCUCGCAAAGCUGCUAUGGUUGAAGCUUCAUGGUGCAGAAUUCUUCGAGCAGCCAGGAUCCAAAAUAAAAAUGUUGAAGAAGUUAUGGAGAAGGCCAUGCUACAUGCGGCUGAAGCAUUUGAGGAAGCUCGAGCAAUGGGUGUGAUGAUUAUGAGGUGGAAUCAUCGUCGCAUACUGGAGCACAAUCAACCCAUAAAGUUACCGCAUCAUUUCAGACAGCUUUUCAGGUUGAUAUGGAGGUUUCUGAUGCAGUCAAAAAGGCAUUUGUUCAACUCGCAAACUCUUCCAGAUUCAGCAAAGAGAGGAGAGUUUAAGGAGCUAUUAUGGAAAAUCAGCCAAAAUCCUGAUUUGACAGAGACUGGUGAGAAUUCUGAAGAUAAACAGCAGCUGGUUGACUGUAGCAAUGAAGAUAGAAUUCAAGAAUCCAUAGAUGUUGUUAACAUUAUGCUUGAAAGGCUAAAAGCUCUUCAUGAAGAAGAGCUUGCCUCCUUAGCAGUCAUUGUAGCUACAUCUGGCCUUAAUGCUACAAUUCAAAAUGAAAGAAGCAAAUAUCAUGAAACAGGUGCUGAGAACAACAUUUGUGCUGGGUCACUCAGAUCACAAGCAAGGAGGUAUUCUACUGCAGCGAGUUUUAUUGGUGUCCAACAACCAAAGAAAGAAGUCACUUCUGAGUUACCAAGUCUGGAUAAGUUCUUCGUGAAGCAUCUUUCAAAACUUGAAAGAGAAGUUCAGGAAGCAAGAGAAGCAAGCAGAAAAUCCACUUCAGUAAAGUCUGUCACACAAGGUGCCCACAGCCAAUUUACAGGCAGCAAUGCAAAGGCGCCAGAAUCAACUUCAGACCUUAGCAGCAUUCUGGUGAAGCAUGUGUCUAAGCUCGAGAAGGAGAUCCUGGAAGCAAAGAAGAUCAACCAAAGAAUUCACCAGGUGGAAGGAAGUUGCGAGGAUGUCAAAUCAAAUGACAAACAAUUGGAAUUUAACAAGAUUCAACCAGAAGCUGAAAAUAACUGUGAUUUAAAGGGAAGCUGUGAAUCCAAGGGAUCCUGUAAAGACAGCAAUCACAUAAAAGAUAAUUAUGAUUGUGUGCAAGAAGACAAAGAGAACAAAAAUUGGUAUUCACGUCAGCUACCACCCUCUGGUGCAAAGGGCAAACAGGGUGGCAAGAGGUUAACUCGAGUUGAAGCUGCUAGGCUGGAAGCACUUAAAUCAUUUUGUACUAUAGAUGGCAACACAUUAGAUGCUAGCCUGGACAAGAUCUUCAUUAAGCCAAUCCAUAGAUUGGAGAAGGAAAAGAGGGAAGCACGCGAAGGACAAAUCAAUGUGCAGAAACAUCCCCAGAAGCUUGGUCAAAGUGCAACAGUGACAGAGGGAUUAGAUGACAUCUUAGUGAAGCAUGUCUCAAGGCUGGAAAGAGAAAAGAUUGACUACCAAAAAAAGAAGGAUGCACUGGGAGAAGGAUGGACCAAUGUGCAGAAACAUCCCCAGAAGCUUGGUCAAAGCACAACUGUGACAGAGGGCUUAGAUGAUAUCUUAGUGAAGCAUGUAUCAAGGCUGGAAAGAGAAAAGAUUGAUUACCAAAAGAGGAAUGCACUGGGAGAAGGAUGGACCAGUGUGCCACAUGAUCAGCGGACGAAUGAUAACAAUGGCAAAUCAUCUGAUAGUUUGGAUCAAGUCUUAGUGAAGCAUGUAAGUCGACUGGAAAGGGAAAAGUUGGAAUAUGAAAAGAGGAAUGCACUAGGAGGAGGAACAAGUGUGCAGGAUAACAGGGAAAUACACUGUAGCAAUGCUGCAGCCUCUGAUAGUUUAGAUCAAAUCUUAGUGAAACAUGUCUCCAGACUUGAAAAGGAGAAGAUAAAGCAUGAAAAGGACGGUGGUAUGAUCCUGCUAAAGAAGAGUCAGACACAAUGUACAAAUGAAGCUGCAGGAAGCCUGGCUGACAUCUUUGUCAAGCGUCCAACCAAGCUUGAGCAGGCGAAACUGGCUUCUGCUGCCGAGGAAAAACCAGCUAGUGGCUUGAACCCUGUCGAAGAGCGUAGAAGAGCAAGACAGAAGGAGCUUCUGGAUGCGCGGGGAGGAAUGGGUCUGGGGAACUCGAUGAAGCCCCAUGUAUCAAAGAUUGAGAGGGAUAAGGCUGCUUGGAGGAUAGCCGAGGAUGAACAGAAGCAGAUGGCUGCUGCAAGGGAGCCAUGA